AUGAACGAAGCUACCCCAUUCCGGAUCCUUACUUUCAAGGCAUCAGGGAAGGCAACAGGAUGUAACCCAGACCUCCUUAGACCUCUACAAGUCCUUGUCGCUAAAGUCCACACAAUUGUCACCCACACCUUCGCACUUAUGAGAUACAUAUUUCUUACCAAGUUAUCACGCGAUCCAUUCUUCGAUCUUGACAAAUAUAUUACGCAAGAUAUUUUUGCUGAUGUCUCUUUGUUACUGUUUGAUCAUAGCACUGGUUUCUAUAUAACAGAAAUAACAAGCAAUAUCAGCUCUGAAUUUUGUUGGCCUUCUGUAUUGAUGGUGAAAAACUGGUCUGUAUCUCACAACCAUAGUCGUGAACCAACCAAUGGUAUAGUAUUUAGAUGUCUACUUCAUUUACCAAAUCAAAAUUGUUUCGAGGACAUGGCUUCGUUGCAGUUUGAGCAUAAUUUGUGGAAUAGAGAUCUUACUGCUGUUCUGAACUUCUGGCAUAUACUUAACCUAAUUAAACGUGAUAUUAAGACAAGCCAAAGAAGGUCUUCAGGAGGGUCGUCGUUUGAGACAAAGUCUAACAAAAAUUCAAAGAAGAUAAAAACUUUCCAUCCUAGUUAUCGCCUAGGAUUCACACAAGAUACCGUUAGUAAGCUAUUAGAUUUUAAUAAUUGUAUCGUCUUUAAUUCUUGUACUGGGUUGAAGAAGUUGAGAAAAAGAUGUUUUGCAUUGACUGCAAAAACAUAG